AUGGCAUCACCAUCAUCAGACCUCGUUCAAAUCUUUCUAUCUUUUCUCCUGUUUGUCUUCCUUUCGCCUUCCUACUUUGCAGCGUCUUCAGGAUCCAAGUACAUUGAACAAGAAGGAGAAAAGCUUAUUAGAGAGCUUAACCUUUCCCCAUUAAAACAUUACAGUUACUCUGUGUCCCGCGACUGUCACUCAGUCCCUGCAGGCAAGAUCGUUGAGAAAAAGUUUAGAUUCCCCAACCUUUAUGCUCUUGGUGGGCCUUCUGUUCAAGACUUGGGUCACCAUGCUGGCUAUUAUGGACUCCCACAUUCCCAUGGUGAAAAGAUGUUCUACUUGUUCUUCGAAUCCCGGAACAGUAAGAAGGACCCCGUUGUGAUAUGGUUAACUGGGGGACCAGGCUGUGGCAGUGAACUGGCUUUGUUUUACGAGAAUGGCCCUUUUCAUAUUACAGAUGACUUGUCUCUUGUAUGGAAUGACUAUGGCUGGGACAAGGUAUCAAAUAUAUUAUACAUAGACCAACCAAUCGGGACAGGUUUUAGCCAUGUUUCUGAUCAAAGUGACAUUCGACAUGAUGAAGAAGGGGUUAGCAAUGACUUGUAUGACUUCUUACAGGCAUUUUUCAAGGAGCACCCUGAAUUUGUUGAGAAUGACUUUUAUAUUACUGGAGAAUCGUACGCGGGACAUUAUAUUCCGGCUCUUGCUUCUCGGAUUCAUCAAGCAAACAAAGCAAAAGAAGGAAUUCAUAUAAACCUCAAAGGAUUUGCUAUUGGGAAUGGAGAAACCAAGCCUGUAACUCAAUACGGAGCUUAUACGGACUUUGCAUAUGAGAACAAUAUAAUUGAUGGAGAUACUUACAAUCGUAUCGGCAAGAUGGUCGGCCCAUGUUUGGGGUUAAUAAUAGAUUGCAACAAAAAUGGUGGAGAUGUUUGUGAGUCUGCUUUCUAUAAUUGCAAUGAAAACGUAUUUGGCGAAAUCCUGAAAGCGGCCGACAAUAUUAAUUACUAUGACAUAAGAAAGAAAUGUGAUCAAGGACCUAUGUGCUAUGAUUUUUCAAACAUGGAGACAUUCCUAAACAAGAAAGAAGUGAAAAAUGCUUUAGGUGUUGGAGAAAUGAAAUAUAUUACAUGCAGUGUAACAGUAUACGCUGGUAUGAAGAAUGACUGGAUGAGAAGCAUGGAAGGAGCUAUUCCUGCUCUCCUCGAGGAUGGUAUUAGAAUGCUUGUGUAUGCUGGGGAUAAGGAUCUUAUUUGUAAUUGGCUUGGAAACGCAAGAUGGGUUGAAGCGAUGGAGUGGUCAGGUCAGGACGCGUUUUUGAAAUCCCCAAACGUGUCCUUCGUGGUUGAUGGCAAAGAGGCAGGAAGGUUGCUGAGCCAUGAACCACUAAGUUUUCUCAAGAUCCUUGAGGCUGGACACAUGGUUCCUAUGGAUCAACCCAAGGUUGCACUAGAAAUGUUGACGAGGUGGAUGCAAGGAAAAUUAACCAUGACAUGA